AUGAACACCACCAAAUUCAAAAAGGAAAAUACAAGUGAAGAAAAAUUCGAAAUGGUCACUGCAUAAGCUUUCACAGAUAAUCAAAUUUCUAUUUUGGAUAAAACCAUAAAGUUUGGAAAGGAAUAAUUUAAAAAAGUAUGUAAAAUGUUUAAAUGA